AAAACAGCUAUGAUAUAUCAUACUUCAUGCUACUAUAAAAAAUUACUUUUAUAAUAAAAUAUAUGUAAUAUAACUAUAAUAAAAUUAUUAUUAUAUUCUAAAAUUUCUCCACGCAAAAGCAAAGCCAGCAAGACGGCAAUAUUAAACUGCCAGCCUACGCCACCUUCCGCUCUUUUAUUUUCUUCUCUCCUCUUAUCUGCUUCACUGUAGAACAGAGGAGAGAAAGGCUUGGUAGAGUCAGAGCAUCAGAACCAUUAAAAUCCUCUGCUGACUUCUGUUAACUCGAAUAUUUUCAAUUACCUUUAUUCUUGAUUCUUGAUGGUAGCGUCAGUGGGGAGUAGCGGGCAUUCGAUAAUUGAGGAGUUGAUAACAUCAUGAGAAACGACGGUUGGAAGGGCUUGUCUAGAAGCAAUUUUGUUAAUGUCAUCCGGGUUGCACCAAGCAAAGCUAUUGAGCUGGUGCUGUUGCCGGAGUUAGCCCCUCAUUAUGCACGUACCCUCGAGUUACUCAAACUCAAAACCCGACUAACUGUACAGAUGUUAUUGCAGAGAGAAGUGUACAAGAAUCUUUUUGAUGCAUUCUUGAAGAUUAAAGGGGAGGAAGGACUUAGUGAACUUCACAGAGGUCUCAUCCCAAGUCUCAUAGGUGUAGUCCCAUAUAGCUGCUGCCAAUUACUUUGCCUAUGAUACACUGAAGACACCUUACAAAAAGGAUUUCAAGAACGAAGAAAUUGAAAAUGCCAUGACUCUACUGAUUGGAUCGGCAGCUGGCGCAAUCUCAAGUACAGCCAGUUUCCCGCUUGAGGUGGCUUGAAAGCAGAUACAGGCUGGGGCUCUCAAUGGGAGUUAGUACCAGAACAUACUUCAUGCUCGUGCAAGCAUUGUUGAGAAAGAAGGGCUAGCAGAUUUGUACAGAGGCUUCGGCCCAAGCUGCAUGAAGUAUGUCUCUUGUGAAGAAACCAUGGUCUGAGUUUAUCAAAUCCUUGGGAAGGAAAAGGGAGUCAGAGGCAAGACAUGGUGACGGUGACAGUCUCUGGCUUACGAUAUUACAUCCUUUGGGUUCAGCUUUUAAUCUAUUUAGGUUUUAAGAUGAGGAUCUCUUUGAAGAUGAUAGAUUGAGUUGGUUCUUAAGCAUCUGAAAGACCUGCCUUUUUUUUUUUUGAAGUAGAGCGUAAGUUGUUCGGUAUGAUGUUCUUCUGGUAGAAUAUAAACUACAAACCAUUAUGACAACACAGAUGGCUAUUGAAGGUUCUUCAAAGCUUCUAAUUUGUAUUUUAUACCGUGCUUCCUUGACCAGGUGAUAAGUGAAGGUAGGCGACGAGUUGUUAUAGAAAGGCUUUGAAUAGGAUGUGAAAGUUCAAUGUACCAGCUUUGGACUUGAAUGUCUCAUUCUGUUACAGAGAACCUUUUGGCUAUGCCAUAAUUCUUUUUUU